AUGUAUGGAAGCGAGAAACAAGUAACCACUUAUGUGACAACAGAGAAUAACCUCGGCUCCAAUAUUCAUACUAACCAUUCGUGUGCCAACAGAGAUGAACCACACGAUGAGUAUGAUGCAGACCUUUGUCCUAGUGAAGAAAGCUAUCAUAGUCAUCUCAGUUCUGAUAAUGAAGACGGUCUAAUGAAUGAUGAUGAUGAAUUUAACUCAUUUAGUAAGAAUAGCAUGAGAAUGGAAGUCGGCACGAUGAGUAUGAUGCAGACCAUUGUCCUAGUGAAGAAAGCUAUCAUAGUCAUCUCAGUUCUGAUAAUGAAGACGGUCUAA